AUGGACACGAUUCGUGCAUCGAUCAUUGAUGGCAUCGCAAUUAACGCACGCUUUCGAGAGCGAACUCUAAGCGCCUUGCACCGCGGCAUUGAGACUUCUCGACCAGAGAUCAUCGCCGCACUUCACGAUGGCGUUGCCAGAACGACACAGAUCGAGGCUGAGGCCCAGUAUAUCAUGACACUCAACGCCAUCCGGGACUUUCACAGAUCCACGAAUCCCAAGGAAAGUCUCAAACAGGAAUACCGCCCAGCAAAAUCACAGGACGACACCCACAAACGCUCCCCAAUCGGUUAUGCAUAUAUACUGACGCCGGUUGGAGACCCUUUGUACUCACUCGUUGUUCCAGUUGCUGCAGCUAUUGCAGCCGGCAACUGUGUGCUGAUCGAAGAGGCCGAAGCCCUGUCGAGCGCCUCGCGCCUCAUCCGCCGAGUGCUCGAGAAGAGCCUCACCAGCGAGACAGUUCUCUUUACGACAAAAGACCCGUUCGAGGAGCAUUUUCAGCAUAGGUUCCGCAUCUCGGUCCAGCAGAAUCUUGUUAACGAUCCCUGGCCAACAGGCCUCCUUCUGAGCGCGCCAGCCAAGCCGCGUGUCGCAAUAGUCGAUCGCAGUGGAAAUGUCCAGAACGCAGCACGAGCGUGUGCAUACGCGCGCUUCGGCUUCGCAGGUGCAUCAUCGUAUGCGCCGGAUUUGGUCCUGGUGAAUGAAUUCCAUGUCGAAGAGUUCGCUCAAGCAGCACGCCAAGCUGCACUAUCCUUCCAAGCUGCUCAGAAUUGUUCCGGCACGAACAAGACCGACAAGCAGGAGAGCUCUGGUAAUGUUGUAACCUCCACCGAUAGGGCUACCGUCGUCAUUCUGGAAAAGAACGACAAGCAUACUUUGUCGUAUGUGGACUCUCCGGUCUUGAAAAUACUGCCCGUCUCCAGUGGUGAGGCAUGCAUCAACAUGCUCAACAAGCACGACUCACCGCUGCUCGUGAAUUACAUCUUUGCCGAUCCUGCCACCGCAAAGUAUCUCAGUCAAUUCGUUCAGGCAUCCAUAUCGAUCAUCAACCACAUUCCCGCGGAGAUUCUCAUCGGUCCCGUCGCCCCCGCUGGUCAUCCGACUUGCAUUCAUCCCAGGUACACGCCGGACAUGUUCUCCGUAGCAUCACCCGUCAUAGUUGAGCAACCCGAGUCCAGUAUCGACCAGACGCUAUGGCCAGGGAAGAGCUCGAAGAAGGCGGUAGAGCUGGACAAGUGGCUUCAAUCAAGCAUUGAGCCGGUCAAGGAACCAUUCGGACCGACUGUAGGGUUCUUUGAGCAGGGUCUGCUGUUCGGCGUCGGAGUCAUCUUGACGAGCGUGGUGGUUUCGUGCUCUCUUGCAAUAAGGUACGGGUAUCCUGUCGUGGUGAGGACUUUGACGCGAUGA